AUGUUGAUCACGACAGGAGCAGCAUCACAGGAGAAGAAUGAAGGGGCAACGAGAGUAGGGAAUAAGGCGAAAGACGAGGUUGAAGAAAUAACUAAAUACCUUCUGAGGGGAGGGAUUCGUCGAAAGUGGAAGAAAGAGAAGCAGUGGGGAGGGAGUAGGAAGCGGAAGACGAGGAAGUGGAAGAUGAAGAAGAAGAUGACGGGAACUAACAGCCAGGUGGGACUGUUGAGAUGGCUGAUAUUUAGCGGAGUGGAUGUGGCGUGGAAAGUGAAAAAUGAAGAUAAAGGAUGA